UGCGAAUCAUUAUGUAUGAAACAAAUGCAGCAAACGUGAUAACAUGCGAUUUAUAUAGCACGCGAUUCUCGGGCUUUAAAUUUGUGUCAUUGCUUGGAACACUGGUCAAGUGUCCAGCACGUGCAACAGAUCAUACAGCGCCCCCUAUGUCAACAUGCAGAAGUACCAUUGGCCAGGAUUUAAGAGGCAGCUUCUUGCAGAGCUGCAGAAACAACAGAACAGCGCCCAGUUUUGUGAUACCCUGUUGCAAACUGAAGGUAUCUCAGUCCCAGCCCACAGUUGCAUCCUUGCAGCCCUCAGUCCUUACCUGUCUCGGAAGCUGUCAGCAUCAGCCUCCCCUCCAUCAGGCCAGAAGCACCAGCUCCAGCUGCAGGCUCUGAAAGCUCAGACCCUGUUGAAACUUGUGGGUCUACUUUACUCUGGGGAAUUAGAAGUAGAAAGAAGUGAGGAGAAAAAUGACAUCCUGUCUGCAGCCUGCCAGUUUGGGAUCACAAAUCUUGUUGGAGACCAAAAAGAUACGGAGGCAAUGGAGAAAGAACCCCAGGACGAGGGUUUGCAUUGUUGCAGGGACAUAGAAGAAGGAGGCUGUGAAAGAAAUAAAAUAAGAAAAAUGCAGGAUGCGCAAGUACAGUCAGACAUUUCCAUGGGAAGAACUGAAGAAACUCUAACUGAAGAGAGAAGCUGUGUAUCCGUAGGCACACAAACUGUUGUAACUGAUGAACAGGCUGAUAGCAGUUUUUCUUUUUCCACCCAAAGUAUAGAUUCACCCCAAGAGCCUACAUCAAGUCUUUUUCGGAGUACAUCACAGACCCAAAACACAACACUGGAGCAAGACUUCAGCUCAGCUUCCUGCCCACCCAUUCCCGGCAUGUCCGUUGAGGCAUCAAGUGAUGGAGCAUCUAUAUUACACCAAUCCUCUGAUAGUGUAACAAACUCCACAUCAACUUCAGCUUUAUCCAACCACAGGAUGGCUUCCUCAUCUUCUCCAUAUGAUAGGUUGGACUCCCCGACACCUCACGUAUAUGGCACAUACCAGCAGUCAUCUGAGAGGAUAAGAAAUGGCAAGAUGGCUGACAGUAGUGAGAAUACAGGGCAGCAAAAACUCCAUUCCCAUAGGAAUAUUAUGAUGGGAGCAGGAAAAGACAUGGCUAAAGAGAAAAUGCAAGAUCAUGAAAAUGCUGGGAUGAGGAGCCUGGCUAAGACGAAGCAUAUGCAGCAGGUGAUGGAGGACACACAAAUUUCUAUCAAGGUGAAGCUGAGGAGGAGGACCAAAGGAGAAACAUGGGAGGUUGUGAACAUUCAAAAUGCAGAUGAUACUUUGGCAGUUCUUACUUCUUUGCAAGAGGAUGUGUCCAACCAAAAAAGGCAACAGACAGCUCUUACAAGUGGCACGCCUCCGUUGUCAUCUGUUCAGAUGGAUUCAAUUACAACACCACAUACCCCAGCUCUUCAGCCAGCUACCACCAGCUUCACUGAACCAACGCCCCUUCACAACAACACCACCUCUGACUCCCAGACUCUGUCUAGUGACUGCUUCUCGCCAAACCAAAACGAUUCACUUGAGCCAGCCUCAGUCGCUCAGACUCAGGGACCCGUGGAGGACUCUGAUGAGCAGAUAGAGAAGCUGCUGGAGGACAUCAUGAUGGGUCUGAACAUCCUGCCUAAUUUAGAAAGAGACCCUAAGAAGUCCCAUCGACUUCAGACUAGCACUGAUCAAGCAGCUGCCACCUGCCAGAUAGUCCAGACAGAGAAUGGGGGAACAGAGAAUGGGGGAACAGAGAUUCAAAUGCAUUCUGGCAUUGGUGCAGCAGGGUGUGGGUGCUACCAGGAGUUUGGGACACAAAUUGUCAUCUCUUCAACAGAAGCAGGUAUCCAUGGUUGUUUUGCCCAGCCCAGCUGCUCAAGCCUUUCAUCAUCAACCCAACAGCAGCAGUGCUCUCCUCAGUAUCACUGCUCUGUCACCUCCAUGGGGCAAAAAGAUGGGCUGAACCAUUUGGGUAUGGCGCUAUUUAAAAAUCAAAAUCCUAAACAUGAUGUAUCUGCAGCACCAGCCAUAACCAAAGCUUUCUAUUUAAGUGGGCAAAAACUUCAUUACCCAGAGUGCACUCUUUAUAAGCCUGUACAAGAAGAUCAGAACGUCCUGGAGUUUUUACCCCUGACAAAUGGAAAUGAGGCACAUUCCCCACUUGCUGUUUCUGUACCUUGCAUGGAUGAAUUGCGGCUUCGUCCCUGUCUCUCUCCAUUGGAGCCAUCUUCCUCAGAAGCAAACUAUCAGCCUAACCUCAGUGGCCCAACAAAUUGGCACAACAGAAUCCAACCCCAGCCAGCUCUUCACAGGCCUCCAUGGCUCAGUGAAGACCCUGUAUCACUACAGUAUCCCCUCAGUGCUAUCACUCACAAAGAGAAAGUGAGUGGUAGUGGAUCUUCACAAGAUAAGAACUGCAGCUUUUGGGUUAAGCAAGGGCAGAAAGAUCUGAAGCGGAUUCCUCAAAAUGGAGAAGUCUGUUCAGAGUCAGGGCAUGUAAACAAAGGAAAAACAAUAGAUCAACACAAUGUUGAAAAAAGGAAGACUAAUCCCAGGAAGAGGAAGGGAGAUUUAAAAUGCAAAAGAAGUGACUCUAAGGGAGAUGCUGCGGCACCCAAAAGGAGAAAGAGAAGGCAAACAAGUGAAAUACAGGAAGCUGCAGGUUCUCUUGCUAACAAAGAAUUGAAAGUCAGCGAUGGAACGAAAAGUCAGAUCAACCUGAGUGUUUGUUCUGUCAGCCUGUCAAGCAACAACGUGCUGGCGAAGGAGAGAGAUAUAGCCUCUAGUUCUUCAAAUGUGCCUGCCCAAUUUGCAGGAAAACCAAAUGAUUUGUCAAUCAUUCAGGAAAGUCUGGAAGAAAACCCCAGGGAACCCAGCGGUGGGAUCAGGACCAGGAGCUUUUUAAAGAAGUCUCAAGAGACUCAAACUAACACUAUCCCAGAACACAGCUCUGAUUUGAAAACAAUGGUUCACAAAGCUAAGAUUGAAAAUAAAGAUGAUUCACUUCCCAAGCGGAAACGUGGAAGGCCACGGAAAAUUAAGCCUCAAGAGAAUCCAGAGAUCUCUAAUGCCAUCGCUGAGCCAAAGGAUGGCACUGCUGAAAAAGAACCAGGGGUUGACAAUAGUGUGUCAAGGGGGGAGGAAGACGAAAAGGCAGAGACGAGGUGUAAAAAACGGAAGAGAAAGAGAAAGGAAGAGGAUGUAGUUCCUAUGGAUGAGACCCUAUGUGCUGAGAGCACAGGCACAACACAGACCGAUAUCAACAACAACAAGAACCCAGCAGUGAAAAAACCCAAACGGCCUCGGAUGGUCUCUCUACAGGAGUUUCAAAAGCUUUUAAAACACCGGCACUUCAACACAAGGAUGUCAAAAGAAAGCAGAGACAAGAAUUUAGAUAAAACUGCAGGAAACACAGAAAAUGAAGAAAUAGUCCUGGGUAGUGGAUGUGAGGAAACAACCCGGAAGACAGAAGAUGAUAUUAUUCCGCUUGAGAACACAGGUGAGGCUGAAGAGUCCCGCAACAUCUUUAGUGUCACAGUGGAUCAAAAUCAAACUUUGAACAAAUCUGGAUCUGGGUGCAAUGAGUCACAGCAAGAUGACGCACGAAACUCUGCUGGUAAGGGGACCAGUUUGUCUGCUGAAGAGCGAUAUUCUGUGUUUUCUUUUGACGUUUUGGAAGAAGAGGUCGAAAAGUUGGCAGCAGAGGCGGAGCAGCCACAGGUGGAUCUCCAUGAAGGACAAGCUUGUGAUGAAGCAGUGACAGAUAGAAAACAGACUAUUGAUAAUGAUGGCUUCUUUGGUGACGACUCCUAUCUGCCACAAGAAGGCAAUAAUAUGCCACCGGACUACAAUCUGAAGCCCCAGACCCCCAAGACAAAUGGUCCACCGCCACUAGAUGCUGAUGACUGUCAGAAGAUCUCAGGUUGUUUCCCAACAAAAGAAGAUGAAGGGGACGAUGAUGAAGUAGAGGUCGAUGUCCUGCUUUUCUCCCCAGACAAAGUGCCUCGGACCAGAUACCGUGAAACCGGAGCGGAACAUACGGACAUGGUUCUAGAGGAGGAGGAGGAGGAAGAGGAGGAUGGGAAUGAGAUUGAUGUGACUGGAGACGAGGCAGAAUAAUUGUUUAUCCUCAAAAAAAAAAAAAAAAACUGGGAUUGUUUUUACUCUGACAAGUUCAAUCUUUGAGCUUAUUUAGCCUUAACUUAUGUUCUAGUUAAUGGAUGUUCACAUGUAUGUCAGAGUAAGUGUGUUUUGUCCCUUUUUCUCUUUUCACCAUCUGGGGAUUUUACGCUUUGUCCAAGGAAAAUCAGGCUGCAGGCUAGUUUUUGGCCUUCCAUAUAAGGUUUAUUAUGUUGUCCAUUAGCAGUAUGCUUUGGCAUUAAACUAAUAGGGAGCUUAAGUUCUUAAUGUUAAAAUUUAUCUUUAUUUAUCCUUUAUAUUUGUAAAUAGUUUAGACUAAGUAUGACUAGUAUGUAUGUGAUGUUAAAUUUCCCUCUGAUAAAGGACCCUUAUUUUGAGCUCAAAUUUGUAA